AUGGACUUCCAGAACUCCAAGCAUCUCGUGGCUGCGGCCCAGAAGAUGCGUGCCGAAUACCUCAAGCGUGCCCAGACAACCGCCAUCUCUGUCCAACAAAAGGCCAGCUGCCGCAACGAUCCCAUCAAGGGCCCUCUCUGGGUGAGCAAAUUUACUCUCCCCAUUCCGACCGAUGAUACCUCGCGUGGCCUUCUCCUCCAGCUAGUCGACGAGGCCAACGAGCACCAGGUGCGAUACGACCGCCCGGCCUCGGUCUCGCUCGACUUCGAAUGGGUGGCCUACCGUCGCAAUGUCCAGAAGGACACGCCAGAGCCCGCCAUUGGGGAGAAGGAAAAGUACGACCGGGUGAUGGCGGAGACCACGAGCCCGCUGACGAUCCUCUACCUCUACGGUGGUUCUUUUGUGUUGAAUUCUGCCUCUAGCUAUCGCAAGACUGCCGCCGCGCUAUCCCAGGCCACUGGAGCCAAGGUCCUGCUCGUACGGCAGCGACUGGCACCUCAAAACCCCUUCCCGGCGGCCUUGCUGGACGCCUUCCAAGCCUAUCUGACCUUGCUGCACCCCCCCCCGCAGGUAGCCCCCACGAGCCCGUGCCGGCCUCCUCGAUCGUCGUGGCGGGCGACAGUUCGGGUGCCUGUCUGGCCCUGGGUCUCCUCCAGGUCUUGCUCCGGUUGCAGCGUCGGGGGGGCCACCAUCACCUUCCAUGGUUCUACAGAACCACCCGUCGUGCCGGCCGGGAUGUCCCUGCUCAGUCCCGUGGCCGACCUCACCAAUGCCUUCCCGUCGUUCGAGCGCAAUGCCCGCUGUGACAUCUUCCCCGUCCCCAUCGAGAAGCUCCCGUACCUGGAGAAAAGCUUUCCCACCUGUCCGGCCUGGCCGACGCGACCACCUCGUGCCAACCUCUAUUGCGAGGCGGGCAUGCUGGCCCACCCACUGGCGAGUCCCGCCGCCGCGGAGGACUGGACGGGCACGUGUCCGAUCUGGAUGGGCUCGGGACAGGAGCAGAUCGUGGAUGCGUCGCGACUGGUGGCACGCGAGAUUCACCGUGCAGGCGGGUCGAUCACUCUGCGCGAAUAUGAGAGUAUGCCCCACACCUUCUUCUGGGUCUUCGGGGCGGCCCCGCAGACGAAGCAGAUCUUGGGAGAGUGGGCCCAGGCGGCCGUCAGGUUUGCGCGGGGGGAACAACCGCCAUCGAGCGCGCAGUUCAUCUGGGCUAGGAGCCUGAAGGCGGAAUCGCUGGAGGUGGAGAACCUAGUGCCGUUCACGCUGGAACAGGCACAGGAGUGGAUGUGGAAAAAGACUCACGGCUACCAAGUGCCAGGCUUUCACCGGAAAGGGUCUCGAUCCAGUUUGUAG